GGAAAACGGAAAUCACUUAAAUAUCCUUUAAAAACUUGCUACAUAUGAGUGUACUAUUUUGUUAUAAUAACAAGAAUUUCACAACGUGGAGAACAGAUGUUUAAUUAUGGUUUGAAAAUUUAUGUGAGAUACUAGAACAUUUAACGAAGAAAGUGUUUGAUUUUGUGUACCCAUGAUAAAGUGGUUUCUUCAAUAUCACAAACUAUUGAAAUGGAAAUUUAUAUUUUAUUUCGUAAAUAUUAUAAGUUUUUGUUAGUUUGCAUUCAUGUUCAUGUAUCAUUUUGCAAUGUAGGUGAUCACCAAAAAGCCCGCCAGGACGGGGAUAUCAUUAUUGGAGCAUUGUUCCCUGUACAUAAAGCUCCUCAUGAUACACGUGUUUAUACCAGAAAAUGUGCAGAAAUUUGGGAACAGUACGGAAUACAUCGAAUAGAAAUGUUUCUAACAACACUCGAAAAAAUCAACAACGAUUCAACUAUUUUACCGGGUGUACAUUUGGGUUAUGAUAUACGGGACUCGUGUUGGUACUCACCUAUUGCGUUAGAACAAAGUAUAGACUUUAUCAAAGAUUCUAUAGCAAGCAUAGAUUCUUUAGAAACAAAUUUUACAACCAGAGACCGUUGUGCUGUGGAUUCAGACAAACCUAUAGCUGGACUGUUAGGUCCAGGAUCUAGUUCUAAUACAAUUCAGGUACAAAAUUUAUUGCAACUGUUCGAAAUUCCACAAAUUGGCUAUUCAGCUACGAGUAUGGAGUUAAGUAGUAAGAACCUGUACGAAUAUUUUCAGCGAGUUGUGCCAUCUGAUAAUUACCAAGCACAGGCCAUGUUAGAUAUCGUCUUGAAAUUUAACUGGACAUAUGUAGCCGCUAUUUAUACAGAUGGCAGUUACGGUUCCAGGGGCAUGGAUAGAUUUAUCAAAAUGGCAAAGACAUAUAAUGUUUGCAUCCCAUUCGAUGAAGGAGUUCCAGGCACUGCUACAGUAAAAGAUUUCACAAAUAUCAUUGAACAGUUACUUAAAAUAGCAAAAGCGCGGGUAAUUGUCUGUUUCUGUGAAGGGAGGACUGUUAAAACUCUACUGGAAGCAACUAACAAAGUUGAAGGGGCAAAAGGCUAUUUUCUUAUACUAGGCAGCGACGGCUGGAAUGAUAGGCCUGAUGUUGUCAAAGACAACGAGGCGGCAGCAGCAGGUGGUAUGUCAAUAAAGCUUCAUUCACCUCUGAUUGAUUGGUUUGAUGAUAUGUUCCAGAACCUAAGUCCGUACACCAAUGAUAGAAAUCCGUGGUUUCAGGAAUAUUGGCAAGAAAAUUACAAGUGCAGCAUCCCUGGAGCAAAACCCACACAAUUCAAUAAUACCUGCACAGGCAAUGAAAAGAAUCCAAAUUUUGUUCAGGAUUCUAAGCUAGGAUUUAUACAAAAUGCUCUGUAUACAAUGGCAUAUGCUCUCCAUACUAUGCAGGAAGAUCUAUGUGGUGGAAGACCAGGUAUAUGCAAGAAAAUGUCACCUGUCAAAGGUUCUCUUUACAGAAAGUAUUUACUAAACGUUUCUAUUACAACUUAUAGCAACGAAAGUCUUUACUUUGAUGACAAUGGAGACCCACCUGCAAGAUACGAUAUAAUGAAUUUCCAAGAAAUAAAGGAUGACUUUGGAAACGUGUCGUACAAAUACAUUAUGGUAGGUUCAUGGGAGACAGGACAUCUAAUUAUUGAUGAAGACAAUAUUUAUUGGCCAAGAAUUGGAAAGGUGAAACCUAUGACAUCUGUAUGUAGUGAGCCCUGUAAGAAAGGAUUUGUUAAGAAUAUCGAAACUAAUAUCAAGUGCUGUUGGAAAUGCACAAAAUGUGAGGAUAAUGAGAUUAUGUUGGACGAGGAAACUUGUAAACCUUGCAGUAAAGGGUGGUGGCCUAACGAAGAUCUGUCGGCUUGUCGGAAGUUACCGAUAGAGAACAUGAGCUGGGCGGACAGUGAGGCUAUGAUUGCUUUGAUAGUGGCAUCAUUUGGAAUCUUUGUUACAUUAUGGAUAAGUGUCAUAUUCAUGCGACAUCACAAUACUCCAGUAGUCAAAGCUUCCACCAGAGAACUCAUGUACAUUAUUAUGAUUGGCAUUCUUGUUGCAUAUUCCUGUAACUUUGUACUUGUUGCUAAACCUACUAUUGUUACUUGUUAUUUAACAAGAAUAUUGCCGGGAAUAUCGUUUUCUAUGAUUUAUGGAGCGCUUGUGACAAAAACAAAUAGGAUCGCAAGAAUUUUGGAAGGGACGAAAAAAAUAAUCACCAAGAAACCACGCUUUAUGAGUGCAUCCUCUCAAGUGAUUAUUUCGUGCAUUUUAGUCGGUGUUGAGUGCGCCGUUAUAACUGUCAUGCUAAUUAUAGAACCAGCAGACUGCACAUUAGAUUAUCCAACUACUCGUCGUGUCAGACUAAUCUGUAACACAACAACUCUUGGUAUUGUAGUACCUCUUGGGUUUGAUCUUUUACUUAUAUUUAUGUGUACAUUAUAUGCUGUUAAAACUCGAAACCUACCAGAAAACUUUAAUGAGGCUAAAUUCAUCGGAUUUACCAUGUAUACGACUUGUGUGAUUUGGUUAGGAUUUUUUGCCAUUUAUUUCGGAAGUGACCCAAAAGUUUUCACAUUAUCUAUAGCCAUCAGUCUUAGUGCAUCUGUUUCACUUGUAUUGCUUUUCUUCCCAAAAGUUUAUGUUAUUGUUUGGGCACCAGAGAAGAACACACGUAGUGCUUUUACCACAUCAAAAGACGUUCGAUGUCAUUUUGGAUCAGUGUCCUACAACUCUGUUGAUAAGACAGAAGGAGCGGACAAAAAAUUGUUUGAUAAAACUGGAAAUGCGGUAUUCAGGAAAAGGUCCAUUUUUGGAAAGCUGAAGCCCCAUCCACAUGAAAGAGAACAGACUGCAUCUCUUCCACCAAAUUUUAAACUUACUCGUCAUAAUUCGACACAUGUAUACGUAACAAAUGAAAAAAAGAAAUUUCCAUGGACUCGCAACGAAAAUUCCAAGUCCGAAGACGAUGAUGGACGACUAAGCACAAUUAGUUCAAAAGACGGCUCGCGUCAGAGUAGUGAAAAACGUAAAAACGGAAAUUGUGGAAAUUAUCGUCAAGAUUCUGAAUCUCAAACUGAUCAAGAACUUUUCAAUGCUUAUGUUUCUUCGGAUGGAGUACGUCAUCGAAAGUUAUCUAAUCAACCGUUAGAAAAUCUAAGACAUGGUAGACAUGACUCUGAAAGUUCCAUUAACAGCGAUGAGAUAUUUUUAUCACAUCCUCCCUCUAGCGCACAAGAAAGACGACAAAUGUGCAGUAAAACUUCUCAAAGUGACGAUACAAGUCCACUACUUACUAACGAAGCUCUAGAAGAAAGUUGUAAACUGAUGUAUGACGAUUGCCCAAACAAUUAUCAGUCGGCAAACAACAAACAUUCUAAUGGAGAAAAUUUACUUUUAUAUGCACCACCAGAAGUCUCAAGUAAUGAAAAGACAGAACUUUAUCUCCACCAUGUGAACAAAGUAAAAGAUUCCAAUCAAGGUUUUUUCCUUGAUCAGAAGAAAAAUAAGUCACAAACAGCUAAAGAACAUACGCCUGUAAAUUACAAUGCAGGAAAACAAGAAACAGAUGAGUGUGUCUCAUUUCUGCUUCAACCAACGUCUAGUGCAUUAUAUGCAAGACGUAUAAAAGACACUGAUAUAAAGCAAAGAGACCACAAACACACUAAUUUAAAUAACGUUAUGUCCGGUACAUAUCAACUGGAUACAAGUUCAAACGACCGUAUGCAAUCUUUCGGAUUGCAAGGUACAAAUUAUAAUCCUUGUAGCUCCAAAAUAAUCAAAACCAAUCGACGACAUUCUCCAAAAUCACAUACAUACCAGAACAACGAAUCCAUUGCAGAAAUUGAAAAUUUUCAAAUCACACAACAUCCAUCUAAAAUGUUCGGUAGCAGUUCGUCGCCUGUAUAUUACUCAAAAGAAUUAGCAAGUUCUUUGGGUUUUAAAUCGCAGUCACUGACUCCUUCGGAUAACCAGUCAUCAAAUUUGAAAACACUUAAUAUUGAUAAUGUAACAGAAUCAUCGAAAGAAGGACAUUUACUAAGUGAUUGUGAAGAAAGUUAUAGCGUGCAAGGGUUUUUAGGGAAGGUUAAAACUCCGCCUGAAUCAAAGAGUGAUGUAGACAAUGCUUCUAUGUUGUCAUUCAAAACAUACAUGAAAAAACGCGGCAUAGAACUCGACAUAUCAUCAAUCAAAUCCAGUCAAGUAUGAGUUGUGCAUGUUUUUUGUUAAUUAUAUUUUAUGUCAGUCAUUUUUUUAUCUGAUAUUCCUAAAUUUAAUCUAAUUUUUCUCGUAACAUUUUAGGUAAAAGAAAGAAUAAUUUUAUGUUUUUCCAUCUAUAAAGAUUUUUUAGUAGUCACAA